GGUUUCUUUAUGAUUGUACAAAAAUCAAGAUCUAAGAUAAAAAAAAGUUUCUGGGUUUAAUGUUUAACUGCGUAGAAAUUAAUCACCGAUCAUUCCAGACCGUUCUGCCCUGACUCCUCGUUCUUCUUACGAUUGACAAUAUGAUUAAAGUGAAACUGCCGAAGAAGGUCGGCCUGAUCUUCUCCGACACGGUCUUACUCCCGGGCAUGUCCAAGAAGAUAGUCAUCUCAUCAGAAGACAAUAUAAAAACGCUCAAAUAUUAUAUGGAAUCUGAAGAUGAUGACUAUAUCUUAGGCUUUAUCCCAUCAAAAAAUGAAGAAGUUAUAAAGGAGAAAGGCAUGAUUGGCUCGCUAGGAUAUGUCAAGAACGUGUACACAUCUCAAAACGGAGAGUCGAAGUUGCACGUUGUCGUCGUAGGUAUUUGCAGGUUCAAAGUUGCCAGUUUGGCAGGCGAAGUAAAAGUGCCUAUCAUCAUCGUUAAAGACUUGAUAGUAAAAGAGACGACUGAAUCCAUUGAAAACUGGCAGACCCUCGUAUCGAACAUCCCCAGAAUAUUGAAAAAGCAGCUGGCUUUCGAAGGCGCCGCCCACUUUGGGCUCGCUUCGCACACAAGAAUAAUGCUGAUCGAUGCCUGUGCUGAUAUCGUUGCGACCACUUUUGAAGACCGCGUUGAUAUUUUGAUAUCGCUUGAUCCUCUAGAAAGGCUCAAGAAAACUGUUGCUUUAAUUGAAAAGUACGAAGAUGAUACUGUAAAAAUGCAAUAUCCUGCGAUAAUGGGUUCAAACAUGCCUCUACCAGGUGGUGGAUCGUAUAUAAUCAAUGGAGGGCCUCGUAACUCAAAUGUAAAAGACAUCAAAGAUCUUCGUGAGAGAUUAAAAGCGGUUAAUUUACCAGAAGCGGCGAGCAAAGUUGCAGAGCAGGAACUUGCAAAAUUGGAAAGGAUGUCAACUAACAACCCAGAACACGUUGUAAUCCAUUCGUACCUUGAUCUUAUCCUCUCACUCCCAUGGUCCGUGUCCAGCACAAAGGAAAUAAACAUAAGUGAAGCCAGAAAGACUUUAGACAAGGAUCAUUACGCAUUAAUGCAAGUGAAGAAAAGAGUUCUUGAAUACUUAGCUGUAAAACGUUUGAAAAAGGACAACCUGAAUGCACCGAUACUUUGUUUCGUUGGGCCACCAGGAGUUGGAAAGACGAGUGUGGGCAGGUCGAUCGCAAACAUCAUGGGUCGCAAGUUUCAAAGGAUUUGCCUUGGCGGAGUGUCUAACCCUAGUGUAAUCAGGGGCCAUAGGAAAGCCUAUGUCGGAGCGAUGUGCGGACGCAUAAUACAAGCUUUGAAAAACGCCGGUGAAAACAACCCCGUAAUACUAUUCGAUGAGAUAGAUAAGCUGGGGUUUGGAACACAAGGCGAUCCAUCGUCUGCGCUCUUGGAAGUCCUAGACCCAGAACAGAACAGGCAUUUUGUUGAUCAUUAUCUGAACAUACCGUUUGACCUUUCACAAAUCGUUUUUCUGGCGACGGCCAACACAAUUAAGACAAUCCAGCCAGCGCUAGUCGACAGGAUGGAAGUCAUAGAAGUCUCCGGUUACACAACAGAAGAAAAAUGUCAGAUUGUUAAAAGCUACUUACUACCUAAACAAAUUGACAUGCAUGGUUUGAAGCCCGAGUAUUUCCAUUUACCAGACGAGUCCAUUGAAUAUCUCAUCAGAAGAUACACAUUAGAAUCAGGAGUAAGAAAUGCCGAGAGAAACAUCGCCGCAGUAUGCAGGAGCGUGGCACUUACGGUUGCUGAUUCAAACACGCAUGAAGAUAUAUUCCCUAUUGUCAUCGACCAAGAUAAAAUCAUUGAAAUACUAGGGAGGGAAAAAUUCAGCGAGACGAGCUUGGAAGAUUGCCUGGCAGGGGUUAUGUCAGGAGUGGCUGUCGGGCUUUCUUACACCCCUGUUGGAGGUGCGAUCAUCAUAAUCGAGGCGCGUCAGUUCCCAUACGGAAAAGGCGAACUCUUACUGACCGGCCGAGUUGGGAAAGUCCUGUCUGAAUCCGCGAAAAUCGCCUUGAACUGGGUUCGAGCGAAUGCUGCGAUGUACGGUUUAGUAGAGUUCGGUGAAGAUGUGAUGAACGAAAUUGAUGUGCAUGUCCAUAUGCCGGCCGGUGCUGUGGAAAAAGAAGGCCCUUCGGCAGGCGUCACUCUCGCCACGGCGUUGAUUUCACUGUUCGCAGACAUGCCCAUCGUACCUGACCUUGCCAUGACUGGGGAAUUAUCCCUUCAAGGGCAGGUAUUGCCGGUGGGAGGUAUCAAGGAAAAAGUCCUAUCUGCCGUGCGUAACGGGAUCAAAAAGGUUAUCAUGCCCAAAAAAUCAGAAUCUCUUCUUGCCGACAUUCCAAAAGAACAGCUUGACAACAUUGACAUCAUCCUUGUAAACAAAAUGACAGAGGUUAUUGAUAUCGCAUUCAAUGGAAGAUUGACCACUUACAUGAAACUAUCAGCUAAGCUUUGAAAAACGAAAACAAAAUAAAAAUGCUCAUGACAGUAUAGUAUUAUGCUAUAGUUAAAAAAAAAAAAAAAAAAAGAUUGUGAUAAAUUAAAAAAAAAGUGAUAUUUUUCACGGCAAUGUCUAUUU